AUGUCGUCCGUCCGCACCGAUCCGGCCAUCAUCCUCCCCAUCAGCGACCUCUCCCUCUCCCGCGACGUCACGCUCAAACUUCGUCUCGCUGGGAUCGUCACUGCCGUCUCACCCACCAACUCCUCCCUCAUCCUCCUGUCCGACCCCUUUCCCGCUUCCACCUCCUCCGCUGGUUCCAUACUCGUCGAUCUCUCCCUCUGCACCGACCAUCCGGACGAUACCGCCAGACUCUGGAGCAAGAACGCGCAACUCGUACCGCCCGAACUCAAAUCCACCCUCAUGGUGAUCGGACAUCUCACGAAACGCUCCACACCCGUGGACACCGGCUUUUUAGCCGAGAGCAAACCGGACUGGAGUCGUGUACAAUUGAAGGAUGCUGUACAGCUGGGGAACGGUAAGGAGUGGACAGAGGUCAACAGGUGGUUCGUGGUGGAAGCCUUGUUGGUCAAACCGCUGGGGAGAGAGUUUGAUCUGAGGUUGUGGAACGAAACCGCGAGGUUGAGAUCGAUUCACCUUUGGACCAUGUAUGAACGAGAUCAGCAGGCGAAGCGUGAUCUCAUCGCUUGCACAACCACCCAUGUCAGUCCCGUACAGGACAGGAAGGGCAAACGAAAAGCUAUCGUCAUCGACUAG